AUGGAGGAAGGCACUGAUAGCAUGCACCUUGUGCUGCCACCUGAGCCAGCACACACAGAAGCACCUUCUAUCUCUACCAUGCCGCAAGCUUCGCCUCUCGCGAAUUCCACUCAAGCUUCCACUUCCACUUCCACCUGGUUGAACCCUGAUACUUCGGAGACUGCAUCUAAUGGAUCCGCGCACUCCAGAAUUCCCAGGACAAUGGAUGCCACUCUAGGUUCUCCACAGGUCACAUUCGCUCAAUACCUCAAUGCCGCUCUGCCUAAUCAACGCUCAGCCACUGCGAAUGCACCUGAAGCCGGCGGCGCAGAACUCUCUCAGCGCAUUCACGCUUUACGAGCUCUCAUUGUGGAGAUUGAGGGACAACUGGACCGACAUAUCAUGCCACCCAUGGAGAGCAUCAUUCAUAUACGGAACCAGCUUCUUGAAAUUCAAGAUGGACGAUCUGAGAGACAACUUCCUGUACCUGGUGUUGCGGAACUGCUUGCCCGUAUUCUUGAUGCUCAACAACGCACCCGCCUAGUGGGAUAUAUGCAACAGCAUUCGCAGACAAACCUUCAAGUUCAUUCCCUCUUUGAGCCCCAACACGUGCACCAACCAACCUACCGAGGAAGCGUGACUCAGUUCUUCAUGCUAGCUUCGCCAAUGGGAGACCACAAUAGCCUCGUGGGACAAACUCACUCGGCAUCCCGGCCCACAGUGCAGCGGGCAGUUUCGCCUAAUACAGUCCCCGCUGGCGAAUCCGGCGCAGCUCAAGCACCCCCAGCACCCCCAGCAUAUCAAGCAACCCCACCAUAUCAAGCACCUCAAGAGCCCAACCAAAACGCAGCAGUAGUCCAGAACGCCCUCCACCAAGCAAUGCUCAACCAACAGCGCCGUGGUAACAACGUAGAGCACGCUGGUAUGGCACGACACAUCCGCCGCAUCUGGCUGUUUACCCGUCUGUGGCUCUUCUGCUACCUCAUCAGCGAUCCUGGCACCUGGAGGCGUUACAUGCUCGUCAGCAUUGCGUUGCUUGUCACAUUCUUUUCCGAAACCAAUAUCCCCCGGCAAUUCGCGACUCUAGUCAUCAGUCCCAUCCAACGUCAUCUCGAGGGCCUCACACAUGCCGGUGGACCGGCAGACCGAGCCACCCAACCUGGAGCGGAUCACAUUGCGGAGUUCAGUAUUUGGGACCAGGUACGCCGCGCGGAGCGAGCCCUUGUUUUCCUUUUUGCGAGUCUGGUUCCCGGUCUUGGUGAAGGGCAUGUCCGCGCUCGCACUGCGGCAGACCAAGCUUUCGUAGCUGAGCAGGAACGUCAGGCACGGGAACUUCAAGAGCAGGAGCAGGCACGGGAACGGGAGCGUCAGGAGCGGGAACGGGCCCAGGCUGGCGUGGAAGGCGCGGGAAAUCCAGGCAUUGAACAGGAGGUCUCUGCCGCGCAUGCACAGUCUGAAAUCUGA